GCUAUAUCUCCUAUACCAGCCUCCGAUGGCUACAUCUCCUACUCCAUCGUAAAUCGGAAAACAAAAAGGACAGGAUGGCCGCCUCAUGGAGAUUCUCUUCAUUUGUUAUUGGCCUCCUGUCUCUCAGCUCCGUGCUAAUUAGCCACCACCCUUCUGUUGGCGCCGCAGCCAACAUCCGCCUCGCCAUCCGCAAGCGGCCCACCGCAAACAUCUCUCUCUUCAAUGAGGCCCCGGCCUUUCGUAACGGAGCCACGUGCGGGUCAAUGGAGAGCGACGACAAGCACCUCGUCCACAUCGUCAUGACCCUAGACGCGAACUACAUUCGAGGAACCAUCGCCGCCGUGCUCUCCAUCCUCCAGCACUCCUCCUGCCCCGAGAAUGUCGCCUUCCACUUCCUCUGGCUGAGGCAUGAGCCGGAGGUGUUCUCCAGCAUCGGGUCCACGUUCCCGUACCUAAACUUCAAGGUGUAUCGUUUCGACGCGAGUAGGGUACGCGGUUUGAUCUCUAAGUCCAUUCGCCAGGCGUUGGACCAGCCCUUGAACUAUGCUCGGGCCUACCUGGCGCACAUUCUCCCUCCACACGUCAAGCGUGUCAUUUAUCUCGACUCUGAUCUUGUGGUCGUGGAUGACAUUAUGAAGCUCUGGAAGGUGGACUUGGGCGACAAAGUCCUGGCAGCGCCCGAGUACUGCCAUGCCAACUUCACCGCUUACUUCACCGACACAUUCUGGGCGGACCCGGAACUAACUAAGACGUUCCGGGACCGCAACCCGUGUUACUUCAACACGGGCGUGAUGGUGAUGGAUGUGGAUAAGUGGAGGCAAGGAGGGUACACGAAGAAGGUAGAAGACUGGAUGAUGGUGCAGAAACAGAAGGUGAGGAUCUACCAUCUGGGAUCUUUGCCCCCGUUCUUGCUGGUCUUGGCUGGGACCAUAGCGCCGGUUGACCACAGGUGGAAUCAACACGGGUUGGGAGGGGACAAUCUCGAAGGCAAGUGCAGGAGCUUGCACCCUGGCCCCAUCAGCCUGCUCCAUUGGAGCGGAAAGGGCAAGCCGUGGCUGAGGCUGGAUUCAAGAAAACCUUGCAUCGUUGAUCAGUUGUGGGCUCCUUAUGAUCUUUAUCGCACUUCCAAGAGCACUUUCGUCGAAUGAUGGAUUUUACGGAGUAUUUGUUUCUUCAUCUUCUACGAAGAUCGAC